AAACAUCACACUGAUAGUUAACCUGAUGUAUAAAGCCCUCAUUCAUAUUUUCUCCGAGUAAGUAAAAUCAAGUGAUCUUGAACUUUGAAAGAAGAAAGGUGACAUGGCAAGAGUAGCUUCAAAUCCAAUGGGUCUCCAUAGAUUCCGGCCAGAUUCUCAUUUCCAUCCCGCCACAAAAUCUUGUCCCAAUUUCAUAAAUCCAUCCCCCCUCACUAAUAAUAAUAAAAAGCUCAGAUUUCAGAAAUUGUACUGCCAAAUUGAACCUAACUCAGCAGACGAUUCCAACUCGGAGAAAAACUUGAUUGUAGAGCCUGGUUCCGGUAAUGAUAAUAAGACCGAUGAAGUUCCCUCUUCUCCAAGUGGAGGAGGACUUCCUGAAAUGCCAAACAAAACCCUCAACCGCCGAAUUGCAGUGGUUUCUGUUCUUGGAGCAGUAGGCCUCUUUGCAUCAGGCAGACUUGAUUUUGGCGUUUCUUUGAAGGAUCUUUCUGCUGCAGCAUUGCCUUAUGAAGAGGCCCUUUCAAACGGAAAGCCGACAGUUGUGGAGUUUUAUGCAGAUUGGUGUGAGGUAUGUCGUGAACUAGCUCCAGAUGUUUACAAAGUUGAGCAGCAAUACAGGGAUCGUGUAAAUUUUGUCAUGCUUAAUGUUGACAACACAAAGUGGGAACAGGAACUAGAUGAGUUCGGUGUCGAGGGUAUUCCACAUUUUGCAUUUUUGGAUGGAAGUGGUAAUGAGGAGGGAAACGUGGUUGGGAAGCUUCCCAAAAAAUACUUCUUGGAAAAUGUUGAUGCACUUGCCAACGGAAAACCAUCCAUCCCACAUGCUCGAGUUGUUGGUCAGUUUUCAAGUGCCGAAGCGAGGAAAGUGCACCAAGUACCUGACCCAAGAAGUCAUGGUUGAACAACUCAGUUCAGGAUAUGUAAUGAAACUAAACAACACUUGUAUGAAACAUCCAGACCACACAAAAAUGUAAUGAAAUCACAAUUUUUUUACUAA